AUGGCUGAUCUCGAACUGUUUUACUUUGACCAACCCGAUCAGAGAGACACCUCCCUGGUUUUUAAUAAGCAAAGUGGAAGCGAGAGCAGUUGCGGCGGCGGAAAGUCACUUCACCCCGGCGAAGGAGACCUUUCAGCACCAUGGACAGCGAACCGGGGAGCCGAGGAGGAAACAGAAACCUCUUUCACCCGCCAACACCAAGAUGACGCUGAUGAGGAUGUCGGAUUGAUAGGGACAAGUCCACAAACCUGCAGACUGAGUCACAGCUCAUCAAGUGAACUGUAUGAGGAGGAGGAGGAAGAGGAGGAGGAGGAGGACAUCCCGGAACUUUACUUGCUGUCCGACGACGACCUCUCCUCUGAGGGUUCGGGGAAGUCAGUGGAUUACGGCUUCAUCACCGCCGUCACUUGCCUUGUGACCGGCAUCUCUUUGGUCGCUAUAUCCUACACGGUCCCCAGGGAUGUGCGAGUGGACCCGGACAGCGUGUCUGCCCGGGAGAUGGAGCGGUUGGAGCGAGAGAAAGCCAGGGUGGGAGCCCAUCUGGACCGGUGUGUCAUAGCGGGACUGUGUCUGCUCACCCUCGGGGGUGUGCUGCUCUCCACCCUGCUCAUGAUCUCCCUGUGGAAAGGGGAGAUGAUGAGGAGGAAAGCAUUUGCCUAUUCCAAACACGCAGCAAAGUUGUACGGCUCGAUCAAUUUGAGGGCAGGCUCCAGCCCGACACGGGAAUCCUGCUCACAUUUGUCAGUGGCUGAUGAGGAUUUAGAGGUGCUCAGUUGA